AUGCUGUCCCCCAAACCAUCGCAAGCUUACAAUUUCCCCGAAGACUUACCAAUGUAUCCCUUUGCUCGUCCUCCAAAAUCAUAUGAUCCGCCCGCUGAAUUAGCAGAGCUUAGACAUCAGGGUCCCACUGAAAGGGUCCAGCUUUUCGAUGGGAGACCAGCGUGGAUCGUUACUAGGGACAAAGAGGUUCGUGAGAUGUUGAGCAGUGAUAAAUUCUCCAAUGACCGAUACAAUCGUGAUGGAUACCCCGAGAUUCAUAGUGGUACGAAGAAAGACGGGGUCAGGCCAACGUUCGUCCACAUGGAUGAUCCGAAACACGCGAGGCACAGAGCUAUGACGGAGAGCUUUUUCACCCAGGAAGCGACUGAAGCAGUCAAACCACAGGUUCAGGAAGUCGUGGACUCGUUGAUCGACUCAAUCAAAGAACGAGGCUGUAACAAUGGCCCUAUCGACCUCGUCAAAGAGCUUGCCACAGUAGUUAACCCAAAGGUUAUCUUACUGUCCAUUCUGAAAGUCUCCGAAAAGGAAGCCAAUGAGCUUAUCCAGUCGAGCUCCGCGCUCGGCGGCACAAGCGGAUCGGCGUCUGAGUCUGGCCAUACAGACUUGCACGAAUACAUUAGCCAAUUGAUUGAUGCGCGAAUAGAGAAACCUCGCAGGCCACAAGAUGACCUGCUUAGCAAGCUCGUGGUGGACGAGUAUAGACAAGCGAACCUCGACCGAGACGACCUUAUCAAUCUUGUCUAUAUGAUCUUCGUGGCUGGGAAUUCGGCGAUUCAAAGUUCCAUUGUCCUGGGCGUUAUUACUUUGCUUCAACACCAGGAUCAGCUCGAGGAGCUCAAGGAGAAUCCUGAACUAGCGGGGCGAGUUGUUGAGGAGAUCUUGAGAUAUCAUACUCCAUCUGCUCUAAAUAGCAGACGUGUCACAACAACUGAUAUCACGCUUGGUGGGAAGAAAAUCAAAUCGGGUUCCGGGGUCAUCGGCUCCGUGCGAUCCGCAAACCGCGAUGAAAGGGUGUACCCAGAUGCAGACAAGUUCAGCAUCCACCGUCAAGUUGACCCGCAUCAAAACCUGGCAUUCGGGCAUGGCCCGCAUAACUGUCAGGGGCAGUGGCUCUCCCGGAUGGAGUUGCAGGCCAUCUUCAGCUCCCUAUUCCGCAAGCUUCCGAACCUACGGCUGGCGAUUGAGCCUUCUGAACUGGAAUAUACUUCGCCAACGCAAAAUGUUGGGGUUCUACGACUUCCUGUGGUAUUUUGA